ACAAACAAACAAACAAAAAACCAAAAAAAACAAGAAACAACCAAACCAGCACGCUGGGCUCUGCCCUGACACCACGAGCAGCAGCGAGGCGAUCCCCACGGGGAGGGCCCCGCGCCGGCGCAGCCUGCACGCCCGCAGCAGCGGUUGCACUUUUGCUUUGAGCGCCGAGAGCGGUGGGAGCACAGCCGGGCACCGCGGCUCUGCCAAGCUGCAUCGAAGGAGGGUCCGCAGUGUCACCCAGAGUGGGUGCAGACUGGCGCUGGGCUGCCCACUGCUCCAGCCGGUGACGAUGCGUUUCCGCAUGGGAUCGCGCCCCGACCAGCACCGCCAGCAGCUGCACUGACAUCGGGCAGCUUCUGAGAACACAGCAGCACAGCUCGGACCAAUGCACAAAGCUCCCGGCCAAGGGCAUGGGGUGGUCAGGUCUCCGAGCCUCACACACCAACACCAUUGCUGGAGGGCCUUAAACCUUCUGAUUUCAGCCUCAGGUCAACCUUGUGAGGAUGACGUUACGGCGUUGGAGCAUCGAUCCCACACACCCGCACGGCCACAGCAGUAAAAUUCAUGAAGAGCAAAAGCGGAUGGUGCCUGGAAGGUGGGGAAGCAAAGCUUUGGGGCAGGGGCAGCACUGAGCUCACAGCCCCCCAAGAUGCACUGCGACACUGAGGCCAUGGAGAACAACUCCAUUUGCUGCAACGUCACCGACCUCAGGCGCUACUACGCCGUCAUGUACGCAUUCAUCCUCAUCCCUGGACUCAUAGGAAACGUGUUGGCUUUGUGGGUUUUCUAUGGCUACAUGAAAGAGACGAAAAGGGCCGUGAUAUUUAUGAUUAACUUGGCCAUCGCCGACCUACUGCAGAUUUUAUCCUUACCCCUGAGGAUCUUCUACUACUUGACCAAGACGUGGGAAUUUGGAGGAGGCCUCUGCAUGCUCUGCUUCUACCUGAAGUACGUCAACAUGUACGCCAGCAUCUACUUCUUGGUGUGCAUCAGCGUCCGCCGCUUCUUGUUCCUGAUGUACCCCUUCCGAUUCAGCGACUGCAAGCGCGUCUGCGACGUGUACAUCAGCAUCGCGGGCUGGGUGGUGGUGUGCAUCGGCUGCCUGCCCUUCCCCCUGCUGAGGCUCACGCAGAACACCACCUCGUGCUUCACCGACCUGCCCGUGCAGGAGGUGGACCUCCCGACCUCCGUCAUCAUGAUGACCAUCGGGGAGCUGGUGGGGUUCGUGACCCCCCUGCUGAUCAUCCUGUACUGCUCCUGGAAGACGGCCUUGUCGCUGAAGGAAAGGAAUUCUGCUUCACCCGACCUCGGCGAGAAAAAAAAGGCUCUGAAGAUGAUUCUCACCUGCGCUCUGGUGUUUCUGAUUUGCUUCGCGCCUUACCACAUCAGCUUCCCCCUGGAUUUCUUCGUCAAAACCAAAAAGAUUAAGAACUGCUGCAUCCAGAAGGUGAUCUCGGUGUUCCACGCUGUGGCCCUGUGUCUCGCCAGCCUCAACUCCUGCGUGGACCCAGUCCUCUACUACUUCACCACGGACGAGUUCCGCAGGCGGCUGUCCCGGCAAGAGCUGCAGGACAGUGCCCCGCUGCACGGCUACAGCCAGCAGCACACGCAGGACACGCUGCAGGACAACGUCCCUCUGCACGAUCCUGGCCAGCAGCAAGCCCAGGACACGCUGCAGGACAAGCCCACUGACUGCUAGCACAGGGCUGCCCGUGCCCCUGGUUUUGGGGUUUGGCCACCGGUUUCAGGGAGGAUUUGAGCUUUAAGAAAAAAAAGAAAAACUUGAAAAAUCCCAUUGUGCUUGAAUAUUUUGGCUGAAGGUUUUCCCUGUAUAAAUAACCCUGUGUAGUUCCCCAUUCCUGAGCUGGGCAGCCAGGAGCAGGACACAGAGCUGUGCCCGCUGUCACCUGGCCACGUCAUGGUCACAUCAGCACCACGCAAUGGGCAGCAGAGAUUUGGGGGGCUCCCUAUGCAGAAUUUGGUCCUAAAAGGGAGUGUAUGGGCCAGUGGUGUAUUCUCCUGAAGCAAAAGACCAUGGAGCAAUGCAACUCAUUUCCAUAGGGUGCCCAGUGCCCACCUCGUGCCAUGCUGACCACAUCCUGGAGCCUAACGGACUCGCUGUGCCAACAGCCAACCAGGCAUCACUUCUGGGGGUGCACCAGAUGACAGUUCCCCAAAUCACAAUGUCACUCGAGUGCCCAGACACUAUUUUUCUACCCUCGUUUUUUUCUACCAUCAGUUAUUUCUGUGCCAUCGCUUAUUUAUUUUUCUACCUCUGGUUUAUUUCUGGAUCAGGGUAAGAAGCAGCAGAACACCACCAGCAAAGCCCAAAGCCCUCUUUUGCUGCCUGAGAUAAGCUUUAAGCAUAGGUUCCUGCUUUGAGGGUAUUCAUUCAGGCUCCAGUGAGCCUCUGGGGCCCCUUUUUUCCCCACGAAUGGGACAAGUGGCUCUGAACCACCCGUCUGCCACUGCACUACCAUCAGCACGGCACUGAGUUUGGGAUCCAGCCCCUGCAAUAUUUGAGCAACUUCCUGUAAUCUUACAAAGGCCAACUCAUGAAGCUCAGGCCCGUCACCCCCAGCUUGGCUGAGAUGCUGUCAGAGGAACCAAAGCUGUCUGAAGCUGAAAGCAAUAGGAACCCCCUCUUUGCUGAGCCCAGGAGCCGUAUAACAGGCUCAGAGAGACUUCUAAAGAAAUAUUCAAGGGUGGGAGGAUUUCUAAUGGCCAUUUCUUUCAACACCAAGCAACAGCAGCUUUGUGCUCAACUGAGAUUUCGUUUGCACCUUCUUGUAAAAUUGUCACGGGGACAUUUGAAAAGUUACAUUUUUGAAGUGCAAAAAUACUGUGAUGAUAUUAAGACUUUAUUUAAUGCUGACGCUGUUUUAUAGGUUUAACUUAUGAAAGCAAACAUGUUGUAGAAAAAUGAUGUGAAUCCCAUUUCUUUGUUGUUCUAAAACCCUUCCAUUCAAUAAAAGAGAAGCCACUGCCAGCCUACGUGCUUGCAUUCACCACGAAUUCACAGAGACCAGCAGCACGCUGUAAUUUGUCCAUGGCAAUAAAAACAACUAUUUAUUUCCCGGUAUCGACUUGCACUCCCUGCAGCACAUAGGAAACACUUCCCUUUUUCCCAGCUUCCAGCGCAGUCCUUGUCCUGCUCUCACCCCAGCACACACCACCAGCUCCCAUGGCAGGGCAGCACCUGCAGCACUGAUGCCUCACGUGCACCUGCAGAAACCCAGCUGGGUACACAGAGCAUCCCCCAGAGGAGCCAGAAACAUCAGACACGCUUCACUGCAGCAUUCGUAUUUUAAGAUAAUGCGGAUUUUAAGCUUUUUCUCCAUCUUAUGAAUACCUAUGCAUUUCAAGCAGCCCCAAGUGGGGCUCUUGCCCUUCGUUCAUCAGGCUGCGAUUGGACUGCUCCCAUUGCAGGAUGGGAAUGAAGUCCCCAUUACCAGAAGGGACAAGCCCCCGACCCACACUGGCCGACAUCACCAGCCCCGGACGCGUGGGAUGCAGGAGAUGGGUGUCAGAAGUUCAGAAAUAGAUGAGAAAAACUCACUGUGCUUUGGUUUUCCCACCUAGGAAAUACCGUAGGUGGGACAGCAGCCGCUCCCCCGCUGCCGGAGCGGUGCGGGUUAUUCAUAUUGGCACCAACGGUCUCUUCAUACAGGAAGUGCUGUGACGGCCCUGGAGCUCGUGUGAGCCGGGUUCGGGGCUGUGCGGCCCCAGCAGUGCUCUCUGCCAUAGAAUCACAGAGUUAUUAAGACCAGAAAAGCCCUCUCAGAUCCCCACUCCCACCCCUGAAGGAGUUUGACUCGCGGGGACGCGCAGCUCCAGCCGCAGUCGAGCUGAAGUUUGCUCCCACGGGGUCAGCUCUGCUCCUGCUUCCCCACGCUUUAUUUAUUCCGAUGGUUGCACAACGUUUAUUUUCAACUUUGAAGCUUUCACCAUCGCCCUAAAACACUCCAACCCUCAGAGGAACAACAAGUUCUGAUCUUAUCUAAAAGCCAUUUUAAUUAAAAAAAUAAAAAAGUCCAAAUCAAGCAUUUUACCCGACCUCGCUCUAACACCCCGUUGCAGAAUGACACCCGUGCUCUCCCUGGUGCUGCACAGCAUCUGCUCCCAGCAGCUGGGGAGGUUGCAUCCCAGCUCUUCUUGGGGCAAUAGCACAGAACCAAGGAAAAACAGGUUAUGUGGGCACUCAGAGCUGCUCAGAAGCAGCACCAAGGUGGGUUCUGUUUUGGGAAACGUGGGACACGGGGGGCAGGGUUGGGCUGUGGGUUGCAGCAGGGCUCUCGUCUCAUAGCCCCAUUCCCACCCCCAUACAUCCCUUGCAUGCUGCCUGCCCCAGCUGUGGGAGGUUCCAUCACCGGAGCUGCCUCGCUUGGCUUCCUCUGCGUCAAGCAGCAGGGCAGAGGCACAGCAGGACACACACGGCAAGGCCUGAAGCUGCAGUGGCUGAAGGAAAUGGGGGAGCGUGCACCUGGGCUAUCAGUACUGUCAUCCUCCCCCCCACAGGGCAAUCCUCAGCCAGCAGGAGCUGCCCAGUCAGGAUGUAUCCAUCUGGUUAUUAAGGGCCAGAUCUAAAGUGGGACUGGGGUUCAAGCAACACACGAACCCUGCUGUCCUAAAACACAGGGAAAGGACAAAGCUGUCACUGCUCCUCCCUGUGAGUACGAGACAGGAAAUGGUUAAGAUUACUCCUUCAUCCAAGAGGGGAUUUGAAACCGUGCUAUGAAAAUGCCUUUGGCUAUUCUGUAUGAGGAUUCCACUCCCCCCAUCAAAGCAAUGGAGAAAAAGAAAAGCUGAGUAGCUGACGCAGGCAUGGCUUGUAGUGGUCGGUGCCCUCUGCUCGAAGGGGAAGGCACUUGUUCCUGCUGCAAGCUCUAUUUCUGUACCUGACGUCAAACCAACACUGGAUACAACCCAUGAACAUCACCAGCUGCUGGGAGGGGCAUGGAGGGUUUUGGUGGCAGGAGGCACACCCUGUGAAGGGAUCUCCAUCCUGCCCAUGGGCGUGGGGUGAUUGAGCAGUGCUACGAGGGAAGCCAGUUUGGCACCAUGCACAGAUGUCCCCAGAGCCUGUGCAGCCUCCAGUGCAUUUGGAUGUCAAAACAGUUCUCAAAAUAAAAUAAAAUCCUCAGUUGGGUCAAAGCUCACCCUCACACACAGAGGUCAGCACAAAGCUAAAGGGAGGGGAAAUGAAGCCUCUUGGAGGCUGCGUACCUCUACAGUUAGCAGCUGGUUGAGCAGUGGUUGUCAGGAUGACAAUUCUCAGUGCAGCUCUGAUGAGGUUUUCUUCUUCCCCACUGUCCCAAUCCCUUUUUCCCCCCCUAAGCCUAGAAUUCAGGAAAAAAAAAAACAAACCAGACAAACCAAACAGUAAACUUAGGAUGAACGUGAAAAACAUAACUGAUUGCCACACUGCAUUAAGAAACUGAAAACUCCUUCACUCUUCUGCAUACCCAUUUUCCCAGUGGGCUCAGCUGUGAUACAAGAAGGACAUAUCUUGGCAGGGCUCAGGUCAGUGAAGGUCGUGGCUUUUACCAGCCAUACCAUACAGAUAUCUAUGGCCUUGUGCAAGCACCCAGUGACCAGCCUCACCUCCUUGCCUGCCCUUCCAGAUGUCCUAGUGAAAAAACUCUAUGUCAGACUCUCAAGCCCCCUGAAGAUCUGUCUCUGCUGACAAGGUUCUGUCAUCUGCUGGGAGCCCAUGCAUCAGCCCUGUGAUUCAGUGCCAUUAUCUCACACAAACCCCACUGUUACGUGACGUAGUCAAUAUUUAAAGAAAUGGUGAGUCCUUGUGGUCAGACAGAGGUCUGUGAGCUAAAGGGAAAGUUCCCAGGAGACCUACAUAAAACAGAAGCUAACAAUCACAUGGCUUUGGGCUUUGAGUUUAAGGAGAGGUUUCUUAUUUAAGCAAAUUAACACUAACCAUCAAAGCCUCACGUUCCACUCUGUUCCUGUUGGCUAGCAGACUAUCAGACCCAGGCACAGACUAUCAGACCCAUCAGAAGCCCACAGACACCUGCAGCACCCACUUCACCCCAAGUUUUCUCUCUGGGUUCGCUUGCCCCCAGGCUCUCCUAUCAAACACUCAGUGGCAUCUCUUUGGCUGCACCCUGGUUAUGUGGAAUCUCCAGCAGCACUCUCUGGCCUGGGACAGGGCCAUGCUCUCUCUGUAGGACCAAGGAAGGAUUUACACUCCACCUUGCCAUUUUUCAAAGAAAGCCACAUGCUGCAGAAGGUUCCUGGGAACACACUGACAGCAGGAUGGGUGGUGACCUUAGAAACACUACUAGAAAUGCUACCCAAUCUCUCAGAAGCAAGAGUCAAGCAGUUCUCUUUUACUGGUAAAAGGGAUGCGGGGCGGCUGGCACAGGGUCUGCAGGGAGCAGAGGAUCCCUCUGUGCCUUCUCCUGAGAGCCACGAGGCACAAUACUGAACUUGUGCCCAGAGAGGCAGGAGGUAAACCAGCAGAGCUGCCCUGGAUGGGGAAGCACGAUGGCAAACAGCCCUGCUGCUCAGUGAGCUAUGGGGCAGCCCCACAUCCCACAGGGGCACCUGUAGGCAACACACAGCCCCAAACCCACAUCAUGGGGCAGUGCCCGUUCUCCUGAAGCCAGACUCACCUCCCAGGGCACCCUGCCCAGUUCCCACAGAGCCAUCAGCUGGUUUGAGUGCCUGGAGGCUGGCACCAGCUCUGCCCUCAGCCUCCCCUCUGGUUUAUGCUCCUUGCUUCAAAGCUGGGCCGUGAUGGAGUCGGGCACUGUCUCUCUGCUCCCUGAGCAGGAUGCUCUGCUCUCAGCUCUUUUCCUCUUUCCUUUGGGGCACAACACUUUGCUCUAUCCAGACAAAAGCAAGCCAGGCACUUGCUUUCCUAUUCCAAGGUCACUUGCUCCUCAAGGCUCCAUACUGCAUACCUGGAAGAGUUUAAAAACCUUUGCCAAGAGACCAUUUAACACUGUCUGGAAACACCUUUUGUUUUUUUAAUCACAAUUUUCCCAUAACUUUCUUCUUUCUCUGAGCAGCCCCAGGACAUGUGUGUUGUAUUGGAGCGCAUUCAGGCAGCACUCAGCCCCUGCAUCAGUGCAGCCCAAGGCAAGAACAAAAAUCUGAUCUCUGCAAGACAAACCCUUGGUAGAAUUAACAAACAAGGACUACAGCCCAUCCAGAGGGGAAGGGAUGAAUGUAAAAGCAACACUGCAAGGCUGAGGUAUCAUGGCUUUGAAGAACACAUCCAUAUGGCCACGGCCAGCAUGACCUCUUCAACGUGUGAAAUUAGAGAAGAAAAUCAAACGAUUCUAGGAGAGAAAAGAGGAAAUUUUAUACUGGGAAACCAUCAAUUUCUUUAAGAAAUAAUGGAUACUGAGAGUCUAGGACAUGAGGACAUUCAGUGCUUCUGCAAAUAGGGUAUUUAUAGAAAAAUACAGAAGUGGUCGAAAUCUGGAUCCCCGUUCUCCCACACUCAAGGCACUCAGCCAGACACUUCGCUUUCCCUCCUCUCAGCAUCAGUGAGGUUGGGAGACACAGUGAGAGCGGGGCCCAGCAGGACACUGGGGGGUCAGUGAUGGGAAGAGGCAGUGCCUUCAGAGGGCCACCCCUGCUCCUCAGCUAUCCGCCCCAACCAGCUGAGGUGUGCAACUGUCAGAGGCAAUAAUACCAUUUUUAGAAGAGCCGAAAGAAUUCAUACAUCAAGGGAAGCAGCUUAUACUCCAGCACAGCACAUCAGAUGUACAAGAUAAGGAGAGGUGCUUUCAUUUCUCUUCAGACUGCGAACUUACGCAAAAAAAACCCAGCAGUUGCAGCUCAGAUCACAGCCACGGAAGCGCUCCUGCUUGCUUUGUGUGAAGGAGUCUGACUUCCUCUCCUACCGUAAGGCGAGCACAGAGCUCCAACAGCUGCUGGCCCGCGCUGGGUGAGGAGCCAUGGUGCGAGGACGGCAGCUCCUACAGAUCUCCAGUUUUCCUAAGCAUUAACUCAGCGGUAACGGCUUUCUAAGAACCUGGAGUGACAAAGAAGAUAGCACAGCCAAGUGCAGAGAAGGCAAAGUACUGAAUUAUUGGGCUUCAAAUGAAAUUGCUGAGUUACAACCAACAUUAGUGUCCCACCAAAAUAAAUAAGCACCGAAAACCCCAAGAAGCCAAACACAUCCCACCCAGCCCAAACGAGGCAUUUCUGAUCAUCAAAACACCUGUAAGUUCCUGAUGAACCCCACAGGCAGGCACUCUAAUUCCAGAAGAACAGUGCCUGGCUCUGCAACAGUGAGGAAUCAGGUUUCCAGGAAGGAAGUCCCUGUUCCAGAAUAAGGUGUCCACAUAUGGGCUUAACCUGGAGCAGCUUCAAGUGUCAGCAAGCCUUAAAAUGGAACAGCUCAGUAGAAGCUGAGCACUGCUACAACAAACACACACACACUGCUGCUAGCCACAGACAGAGUGAUUCUUAAAAAUUCACUCUCACGUUUGUUAAUGGAGCUCGGGAGUGGUGUCACUGUACAAAGAGACAGAAAAGAAGCUUAAGUAAACAAAAUAAUCGGAACUGUAAGAAAUAAUUGGAACUGUAAGAGAUAAUUUCCUCUGGAGGCGGAGCGCUAGACAGUGAGACUAAUUAUUCUCAAGACAGGAAAUACACCCAUUUGCACUGCCUCGGCAAUAUCAUCAAUAUAAACACAUAAUCAAGAAAUCAUUUUAAUGAAAUAGCGUGACUAAUUAUACAUACUUAAAAUCAUUUUGGUCAGAGCCUCAAAGCUACAAUCAGUGCAAGCGUUCGGGCACCGUGCCACAGCUGGCAGGCGAGCCAUCCCCCACGCUGCUCCAAAUGAGGACAGGCAGAGCAGCUUUAAUCCCUCCGAGCCUUACCUCCAGCAGGCUUCCCAGAGUCGUAAUUCAGCCACAUGGCAGCAGACAUCCCACUGCAGAGCCUCCAUGAGCUGUUCUGUACUCGCCGGGCCCUGUAAGCCUUCUCUUCCGCUCUAGGAUUUUUAGUUCAGGGCACGCUAGGAGAACGCGAGCUGAAAUGCAACAGAUCAGGCAUGUUUUUACUUUACUUUUACUUUAAGACCAUAACGUUUUCUUUCUCCCCAGCCUUUCUGAGUACUUCUGACAAGGCUGAGAAACAAAAUGAUCCAACUUAAAAAAAACUAAAGCUGUCAGCUGCCCCAUCGCUAAGAAGGGGGCAAUCCAAUUCGGCCCACCCUGUUGCAAGCAGAGCUGUAGGAACUGGGACAGAAUGAAUCCCAAGCAGAGGAGGAAGAUUUUGAAACACGAAAACAAACUUCCUCAGGGAAAUUCAGAGCUGAUUUCAGAGCUUGGAUACUGCUGCCAUUCACCGUGAAAUCUUCUGAGCACAUCUGUAUUUUUGCUGGUUUUUCCUGUGAUGCUGAGAACCUGAGAGGUCCACGGAAGUCAGUCCGGUCUUGCUGAAGUCCCAGCAGACUCCUCUUCUGGCCAUGUAUACAACAUGACUUUUGCAACAGCUGUGAGAUUUUUCACAUCCAUACUUGCAUGCUUGUGCUACAGCAGCCUGCGGUAUAGAGCUGAGCUUGUGGUGAAUAAUGAUUCACUUUUAGCCGAGCAACUCAUCACGUCUGAAGCUCUUGUACCAGGUUGAGGCCUCUGUAAGUCUUUUGAACGUCUCCUUGCUGCUCCCAUUUUAAUUUCCCUGGAUCUCCAUCUCAAAGUAUUAAUAUAUGCAAAUAACAACUUAAUUCCUAUGAAUUUUUACAAAAAUCAAGCGGGAGAAAAACCUAGAGUUCAAGUGUAGACUAGCGCUUAUGCUAAUGGAAACAUCUGCCUACCAUUAUGCCACCAGCAGCAGCCUGCACCUUGCAAGUCACAUUUGGAAGCUGCCAGGCUUCUGUGAAGGUCAGCAGCAUCUCCUCAAAGAAACAAACUCAAGUUUGCUCUGACUUGCCAUUUUCUCAGGUGUCUUUCUGAUCAGAGUACAAAUAAACACAAAAAAAAAAUCCUCAUAUGCUGGAAUAGGAAUCAUCCAAAGCACUGGAUUCCAUUUUAACAUUCCUAAAGGUAUUUAAGAUUCAAACACAACAUCAAUAAAGAAAUAACUGCAAGCUAACAUAAAGAAGACUUGUCUAUUAGCAAGGGCACAGAUUAUACUGAUGAUUAUACUGUGCACGUCAAUUACUUUUUCAGUAAACAUACUUACCAAAAGAAGUAGUUUCUAUCAGUGAGUUUGCACGUGCAUCUUGGUAAUCACACAGUUCAGUUAUCACACGCAUGAGUGAAGCUAAGUUUUAUUCAGAUGUUACAUAGGAUUUUAUACAUUUAUUAUUAUUUAUACAGCUGAAGAAAGCUUGCAUCAGCCCAUUUUUAAGUCUCGUUAUGGCAGUUCACUGGAAAUCUGCAUUUUAGGCUAAAAAGAAACGACAGCAAGUUGAGUUAACUCCGUGCACAGCUGGUGCUGAGGCACCAAGGUUGUGUCUGCUGCCCAUAGCUCAUGCCCCAGCCCCAAGCAGCUCAGAAGCA